AGACAGGAAAGGGCACCACUCUAUAAAUGUGUAAAUCGUAUGUGACACACACGGGAGAAUUUUACACCAAACUGCAAACUGGCCCGGGUCUGUCCAUGACGCACGUAUCUUGCGUGAAAGUGCUCUGUUCACAGGGUUCGAGAGGGGUAUGGUCCCUGCAGGAUGCCACUUAUUGGGAGACAGUGCCUACCCCUCCAAGAAGUGGCUCCUGACACCCUAUGUACGACCUCAGCCGGGCCCACAGUCCGCCUAUAAUAGAGCACACAAAAGGACAAGGAGCACAGUGGAGAGGGGGAUUGGCCAGUGGAAGCGGAGAUUUCAUGUGCUCCAUGGUGAAAUCAGAGUCAGCCCUCCUGCAUAUGUGUGUAGAAUAAUACAGGUGUGUGCUAUUUUGCACAACAUCUGCAAAGACAGACGCCUCCCUGUACCCGAGGAAGGAGAGGACGAGGGUGAUGGUGCAGUUUUCCAUGAGGACCCACCUGUCCCACUACCACCUGUACCUGGACGAGUUCGGGAAGGUCUGCUCUACAGGGAUGAGUUUGUCAACCUUCACUUCAUUGACAGACCUCAACCUCAGCCUCGUGCAGCUGUGAUGCUUCCUGACCCAUCAACAGGUUAA